AUGGUUGAUGUAGCUCAGGAAUGCUAUGUCCCCGCCAUGAUCUUCUCUCUCUUCACCGCCGCCUCUAAGGUGUUCUUCGGCUCAUUGGAAUAUUUAGUCGGUGAUGACCAGAAAAGAGUGAGGUCAUCGUCGGAGGACAUGACGUUACCGCCGUGUUUGGUUAGUUUCCGGUCAUCGGUAUCAUAUCGUCACUACGAAGCAAUUGGUACUUUUGCUAGGAUCUACGAAGGAAAUGCCUCCGUCAUUAUAGAUGUUGUACGACUCACUAAAUCAUUUCAAGCGUGUCGAGCCGUGGUGAUUCGUAGUUGCAGAGAGCUCGAAGGUGAGUUCAUUGAUUUGUAUGUGAAAAUUAUUGGUAAACCUGUGAUUCUGACGGGGUUACUUCUUCCCGAAAAACCCAAUAAAACACGAAUCGUCACCGCUGACGACGGCGUGUUGAGUAAGAUCUUUGAAUGUCUCAAUGAACAGAAACCCAAGUCAGUGGUGUUCGUUGGGUUUGGAAGCGAGUGUAAACUCACCAGAGACCAGACUUACGAGAUAGCUUCCGGGCUAGAGUCAUCGGAAUUGCCAUUUUUGUGGGCUCUAAGAAAACCCAGUUGGGCUUUAGACGAUCUCGACGCUCUCCCGCAGGAAUUCAAUUGCAGGAUCUCUGGUAGAGGCAAAGUCUGCAUCGGAUGGGCACCGCAGAUCGAGAUUUUGGGUCACCCAUCGAUCGAAGGCUCGUUGUUUCACGCAAGAUGGGGUUCAGUGAUCGAAACAUUGCAAUUUGGCCAUUGUAUGAUUGUUUUGCCAUUGAUCAUCGAUCAGCCGUUGAAUGCGAGGUUGUGGGUGGAGAAAGGCUUGGCCAUUGAAGUGGAGAGAGUGUGUGGUCAGGCUGAGGUUUCCGUUUCUACUGCAGAGAGAGAUAUACCUGUUGUUCAGUCAGAUCAGCACCUUAUGGCCAGCAUGGAAGACAUGAUGCAUCAGCUCCAAGAGACUAUGCAAGCCAUGCAGCGGGAUGCUGUCCGCCAGGCAGAGUUUGCCGCGCGUCAGGCAGAGGUUGUGGCUUAA